UGACUAUAACUUAGUUUGAUACAUCACGCGCUGAGUAAGGAGAGUUCGGAAAGUUUAACCGGUAUUUAAUUUUAAGGUUUUCAGAAAUGCAGAAAGAAAACUCUAUUGUUGUCACCCAUUUCAUAAAUCCGCAUUUGUUUUGGUAUCAUAAAGCGGACGACUUUCAUGAAUUGCACGAAAUCGAGGAGCAAUUACAACUGAUACAUAAUAACCAAGCAAGAGAUUUCAAUUAUCAUCCGAAAUUACACGAAAAAAUAGCAGUAAAGUUUGUCGCUUGGAAUAAAAUCAUACGCGCUGAAAUAUUGGGCGAGGCCGGAUGGCAAAAAGAAUUUAUUGUUUGGGCAUUAGAUUAUGGUUUUCCUUUUCGGACCAAAGAGGAAUAUGUAUUCCGUCUUCCCACGAAAAUGACAAGACAGAUUGACCACAUUCGAUGUGGAGGUUUAGCUAAUAUUUUGCCUGCUGAAACUGAAUAUGACGAUAUGGAAGGUAAGUUAGUCCUUGUGAAAAAAGAUAAUUGGCGGCAAAAUGCCUGUGACAUUUUGGACCAAUUUUUGAUGGAUGCCGCAUCGAUUACUUUCGUCGAGGAAUUUAAGUCGCCAGGCAAUCGCUGUUGGGGCAAUUUGAUUGUCGGGAAUCACAAAGGCAGAUUUUUUGAUGCUCGCGAACGCUUAUUGUCGGCUAAAUUGGCCUUGGAGGAGCCGACAAAAUUUCAAGAGAUCAUUCCUAAAUUGAAAACAAUUUCAAUUUUGCAAUAUCUAUCUAAUAAUGGGAGAUUAACAAAGAAAACUAACACCAUCAGAGGUAAAAUAACUGACCUUUGCGUGGUGCAAAAUUCGACGUCUGCGAUUGAUGAGAAUGCGAAGCGCAAGGUUGAAGAUUGGCGUGCUCGCAAUAAACGGCAGAAUGAUUUAAUAGAUGUAGCUACGGUAACAGAAUCAAGCAUUUCGCGAGAAAUGACUGCAGACGGUGUGACUUUUGAUGAUUCGGUAUCUGCAAAGAACUUCUAUUUAUCAGAAAAUGACGUUAAAAAAGUAAAUGUUGGUAUUAUCAACUAUAUCGGCAAAGCUGGAGCUCUAGCCAAAAUUAAAGUUGCGGGAGAUGAGUUGCGAUGGCCUGGUGAUGAAUAUUUCAAAGUAAGAAUCGAAAUUAAUCCUGUGGAAAAUUCGUCGCCAGACUUAACAAAUGCUUCCAUGCGAACUGAAAAUUUGCUUAGAUUGCGCAGUAAAUAUGCGCACCUUGAAGAAAAUUGUUCGAAUGAUAUGUCAACAAGCAUUUCCAUUGUUGCAUCUUAUGCUUCCAUACUCUCCAGACGCAGUCAACAAUUGAUGGAAUUGCGUGAAAACCGUAUGUUUUUAUUUAUACUUGCAUAG